AUAUCAUUAUUUCUUAAAACAUUCAUAGCAAAAGAUAACAAAGACGUGAAAGCUAUUCCAGUCAGUAACAAUACUGUUAGCAAUAGAAUAGACGAAAUGAGUAAAGAUAUUGAAAUACAACAUGUUGAAAAGCUGAGAAAAAAAUUGGAAUGA